UUUUUUUUCCUUCAAGAUUAUUUUCAAGGGGGUGGAAAAUUAAGAAAAAGGACUCGAAAGAGGAGAAAUAUAUGUUGGAGUCCCCAGUGGAGGAGAAUGGCGAUAAAAACUAGCUCUUCACUUGCUUCCGCUUCCAAAGAUUCCUCUUUCUCUCUCUGAAACCUCUCCUCGUCCUCCUUGUUUCUCUCUCUUAACAACUCUUUGAUGAUGCUUUCAGCUGCUUAGCUAGCGAGGUCGAGGAUCCGAAGCGGACGAGCUCGUGGUCGAAGGUUAAACUUCUUGCUUCAUCUUGAAGACCUCAUAGGAAGAUACGUUCCUUUAGAUAACCUGCUCUGAACAAUGAUGAACAACUAUAAGUUGGGUGUGGAAGUUGUAGGUGCUCAUGAUCUCAUGCCUAAGGAUGGGCAGGGUUCAGCCAGUGCCUGCGUUGAGCUUCAUUUUGAUGGCCAGAAAUUCCGUACUACUGUGAAGGAGAAGGACCUCAAUCCAGUCUGGAACGAACAGUUUUACUUUAACAUCACCGAUCCUGUAAUUCUCCCUGAACUUGUCCUUGAAGCCUAUGUAUACAACAUAAGCAAAGCCACACAUUCCAAGUCCUUCCUCGGGAAAGCUCGAAUUGCUGGAACAUCAUUUGUUCCCUUUGCUGAUGCUGUGGUCAUGCAUUAUCCCUUGGAAAAACGUGGGAUUUUCUCACGUGUUAGAGGAGAACUUGGGCUUAAAGUUUUCCUCACUGAUGACCCCUCCAUAAAAGCUUCAAAUCCACUUCCAGCAACAGAUGCUUUUCUGAAUAAUGCUUCUCAAGACCAACUUCAUCAAGCACAAGCUCAAAUCUUCAACCAAAAUCCAAACCUUUCUCAAGACAGAUUGGAGUCUAGACACAACUUUCGUAGCAUCCCUAGAGAGAAACACCACCAUGAUUCCGCUGCAUCAAUGGGUGAACCUACAACGUAUAUGGCUAAUGAGAUGAAGCCUGCACCACCGCCACCUCAAAUUGUAAGGAUGUACUCUGCAUCUUCAUCCCAACCAGCGGACUAUGCAAUCAAAGAAACAAGCCCUUUUCUUGGUGGGGGACAGAUUGUUGGUGGCCGAGUCAUUCGUUCCGACAGGCCUUCUAGUACUUAUGACCUUGUAGAGCAGAUGCAUUAUCUCUUUGUGCGUGUGGUGAAGGCACGACAUCUACCGUCCAAGGAUGUUACUGGGAGCCUAGAUCCUUUUGUUGAGGUACGGGUUGGAAACUACAAGGGAAUCACAAGGCACUUCGAGAAGAACCAGAGCCCUGAAUGGAAUGAGGUAUUUGCAUUUGCUAGAGAACGGGUGCAAACCUCAGUUCUUGAAGUUGUAGUCAAAGACAAAGAUCUUGUCAAGGAUGAUUACAUUGGCUUUGUACGCUUUGAUAUGAAUGAUGUACCAACACGUGUUCCGCCAGAUAGUCCUUUGGCUCCCGAGUGGUAUCGGCUAGAAGACAAGAAGGGCGAAAAGACGAAGGGGGAGUUGAUGCUUGCGGUGUGGAUUGGUACUCAAGCUGAUGAAGCAUUCCCAGAUGCGUGGCACUCAGAUGCUGUGGCAACUCUUGAUUCCUCUGCUCUGCGCUCUCACAUCCGGUCGAAGGUCUACCAUGCACCAAGGCUGUGGUAUGUUCGGGUAAACAUCAUUGAAGCACAAGAUGUCGUCGUACAUGACAAGACUCGGUUUCCUGAUGUUUAUGUUAAGGUGCAGAUAGGGAAUCAAUUCAUGAAGACAAAGGUUGUUCAGGCUCGUACGAUGAACCCAUUUUGGAAUGAAGACUUCAUUUUAAUCAUCUCUGUAGAAGACCGUGUAGGACCAAACAAAGAUGAGAUCAUUGGGAGAGUUAUCAUACCACUUCAAUCUGUAGAAAAGCGAGCUGAUGACAAAAUAGUGCACACUCGUUGGUAUAACCUUGAAAAACCGGUUGUGAUUGAUGUCGACCAGUUGAAGAAGGAGAAGUUUUCGAGUCGACUUCAUCUCCGAGUCUGUCUUGAUGGAGGGUAUCAUGUGCUAGAUGAAUCCACCCACUAUAGCAGUGAUCUCCGACCUACUGCAAAACAGCUAUGGAAGCCCUCAAUUGGGUUGCUUGAGCUCGGUAUUCUCAAUGCUUCGGGGCUCCAUCCUAUGAAAACCCGAGAGGGUAAGGGCACAUCAGACACCUACUGUGUAGCCAAGUAUGGACAGAAAUGGGUUCGCACUCGCACCAUCAUCAACAGCCUGACCCCAAGGUUCAAUGAGCAGUACACAUGGGAGGUGUAUGAUCCAUCAACAGUUCUCACUGUAGGUGUAUUUGAUAACUGCCAGCUUGGUGAAAAGGAGGGUGGAAAUGGAAACAGAGAUUCAAGAAUCGGAAAAGUACGCAUCCGGCUCUCCACUUUGGAAACUGGGCGUGUAUACACUCACUCAUAUCCACUUCUAGUUUUACACCCUUCAGGCCUCAAGAAGAUGGGCGAGAUACAUUUAGCAAUCCGCUUUUCAUCAACAUCUUUGGUGAACAUGAUGUACCUUUACUCUCGGCCGCUGCUUCCUAAGAUGCAUUAUGUCCGGCCUUUAACUGUAAUGCAGCUUGACAUGCUCCGUCAUCAAGCAGUACAGAUUGUAGCAGCAAGGAUGAGCAGAAUGGAGCCACCACUUCGAAAAGAAGUAGUGGAAUAUAUGUCUGAUGUUGACUCUCACUUAUGGAGCAUGCGGAGAAGCAAAGCAAACUUCUUCCGUCUCAUGUCAGUGUUCUCUGGAGCCUUUGCAGUUGGCAAAUGGUUCGGAGAUGUCUGUUCUUGGAAAAACCCGAUAACCACAGCACUGGUGCAUGUUCUUUUUGUGAUGCUCAUUUGCUUCCCUGAACUGAUACUUCCAACAAUAUUCCUAUAUAUGUUCUUGAUUGGGAUCUGGAACUAUCGUUAUCGGCCUCGUUAUCCUCCACACAUGAACACCAAAAUUUCUCACGCCGAGGCUGUGCACCCAGAUGAACUGGAUGAGGAGUUCGAUACUUUUCCAACUACCAGAAGUCCUGAACUUGUGAGGAUGAGGUAUGAUAGGCUGAGGAGUGUAGCUGGUAGGAUUCAGACGGUCGUGGGUGAUGUUGCAACUCAAGGGGAGAGGAUACAGGCUCUACUUAGCUGGAGGGAUCCUAGGGCUACUGCAAUCUUUAUCCUGUUCUGUCUCUUGGCAGCACUGGUGCUUUAUGUGACUCCAUUCCAGGUGCUUGCCGUCUUGGCAGGUUUCUACACAAUGAGGCAUCCAAGGUUCCGGCAUCGGUUGCCUUCAGUACCUAUAAAUUUCUUCCGUCGCUUGCCAGCAAGGACCGACAGUAUGCUGUAAAUAGGACAGGUCAUCUGAUGGACGGUACCCUGUCAACUUUAGUUUCAGUUGUGCUUUUAAUUGUUGUAGCUGUCUAGACGUCAGGUGAGGACUAUGAAUAAUUAUGUGCAAGUCUGUAACUUAUGCGCUGUGAAAUAGCCUAAAUGAUCCAGCUUAGUUAGAAUCUUUCCGGCUAUAAGCUGGUUGCAUUUCGAAUUGGGUGCAUGUCUUUUAUUCUGCUUAUGAAA